UUGAGGGCGGCAACAUUUUUUGUUUGAUGACUAUUUCACCCUCAUACUCUGUACAAACCUUCUCGAUCGCUUCUUCCACAGCGCAAUAGUCAUUAAACUUGUCAACAUGGUUCGCCAUAAGAAAGACAAUUCAUCGAAAGCGAAGAAAUAUUCUACGAAACCUCGACAUACGCCACGAGCCUCGGGGCUAGGAGGCGAUGAAGUUGGAGGCAGUGAACGUCCACCUUUCAAGGCAGCAUGCUGGGACUUUGGACACUGUGACGCGAAGAGAUGCAGCGGUAAACGUCUCAUGCACUUUGGAAUGAUGCGCGAACUACCCAUAGGUCAAAAGUAUCCUGGAGUCGUUAUCUCACCCAAUGCAAAACGCACGUUAUCACCGGCAGAUAAGGAGCUGUUAGAGCAAUAUGGCGCCGCAGUGGUCGAGUGUUCGUGGGUCCGAGUACAAGAAGUACCUUGGUCACGGAUCGGUGGGAAAUGCGAACGCCUCCUUCCUUAUCUCGUCGCCGCAAAUCCCGUCAACUAUGGCCGGCCAUGGCGUCUCAAUUGCGUCGAGGCACUUGCGGCAUGUUUUUGCAUAUGCGGACAUCAAGACUGGGCGGAGAUCGCUCUGCAGCAUUUUUCAUAUGGCAAGCCGUUUCUCGAGAUAAACUCCCAGUUGUUCAAACGGUAUGCAGCAUGCCAAGACGAGGACGAGAUCAAAAAGGCAGAAGAGACCUGGAUGGCCAAACUAGAGAAGGAGUAUGCCGACAGCAGACUGAAGGGACCGUCAGACGAGGGCGAUGAUUGGGCGGGAGGCAACCUGAAUCGACGGGAAGUAUUUGAGUCGGAUGAAGACGAAGAUGGUGAUGACAAUGAUGACGACGAGGAGUCUGAAGAUCCAGAUGAUGACAGAAUCCCGCAUCAGCAAGGUGUAUCUUUAAUGCCACCCGAUACGGACGACGAAGAUGAAGAAGCGGAAAUGGCUGAAAUCCGGCGAAAGAUUCUUGCAUCGAAGCCAUUUAGUGAGUCUAUAUCAAGCGAGGGUCGGAAGAACGGACCUGAACAGGCCUUUACCGACAAAAAAGCCACUGAGGCUGCUUCGGAAAUGGUGGCCACGGAGCCACCAGCCGCCCUUAUCGACUCUGACGCAGAGUCAGGUUCAGGGGAGGAAGAGUACGAUGACUUUGACCAGAUCGCCAAUGCCACUCCUGUCACCGAUCGAACAGGUAUCGUGGCACGAGAGAGGCAGAAGAAAUUGGAGCAAGCAAGUGCUUCCUUUUCGCGGACCAUAGUAUCUGCACCGAAGAAGUGGUAGUAAGAAACAGUGGGAUCCUCUGCAAGCUAACACGGAACGUCUUCAUGGUGUACUGCUUCGGUUGGACAACAAUCUCCCGUUCCGGCUCCUUUCUGCACUGGCAGUGACAAUACGAGAUCUAUCCGUUCGCUCGACAGAGAAGCACAGCCACCCCGUCUCCCAACCAACUUUCGCCCACCCAAAUUCGAAGCAUAACGGCUAUCACAUUUCAACCAGCGAAUGGGAUUCAUCCUACCCAGGUCAUUAGUCCCAUUUUACUUAUCAGAGAUGCUGUCAUAUCAGCUGCCGCCUAAAUUCCAGAAUCCGGUUGCUUGCUCAACGCGGGGAUAUUCAGAUCCAAUUGGCUUUUUCGCCACUCUCAUAUGCGUAUAUUUGAAACCCCCAAUCGUCAAUGACGACACCCAGGGCUGAGUGAAUCGUCUUGUACGCUGGUGAUCGAGAGGACCAACUUCUUUAGCUCUGACCAAAACAUUUCAUUGCAAAAAGAAGUACUUGUUGCCUUGUGGACUCCCGAAUUGAGAAAUCCCGCAUGGCCAUUUCCAGCCGAGAUCAUAGCAGCUUAUUCACCUCUUGAUGUGCCUGGGUACAGUGCAGCGUUUAACUUUCCGCCAACGAACUUUCCAUGGACCACCUCUAUCUUGGAACUGUGCAUAUGCAAAUGUCACCAUGGAAGAGAACACGGGGAUAUCGAAGCCAUUUCUUUGCUGGUGUAGAAUCUGAAAUGUCCUCGUCCGGAUCAGUAUCUGCUGCAGUGUCGGCUACAAGUGCCGGAAUCUCAUAGAGGUCCACGAUACUCGAGUCUUGUAAAGUCCUAUUCAGAUAGGCUAAAGCAAGGUCCUUGCAGAACGCCCGGAACGUGCUCCAGACGCGAAACUACGAGGGACAGUAAUCCGGUCGGAUUGUCUAGGCCGACCAGUUAAACGCAAAUCCAUCCUCACAAUACUCGGAAAGAAGACAAGGUCUCCCACAUGUUACUGACUUCCUGAGGGACAAACGAAUACUCAGAGUGGCAACCGGCGGCUGUUACUCGUAGGAUGUGGUAUUAAUUCCUAUACUACAGGAUCCAUAGCCUUUGCCAGUCCCAACGCCGGUGGAACAGAGAACAAUGUACGGAGUACGAAUCAUGACAUCUUAGCUUGAGCCGCGUAAAUGACUUCCGGCAUCCCUGUCGGACAACAUGCAACAGACGAUGGAUGCUGCGGCGGUUUUAGGGCGAAGUGGGCGAAUUUCGCCACUAAAUUCUACCUACUUGUACUCGGCAUGCAGGCGAGGAGGAGGAACAGAACAAGACUCCACAUUGCCGGAGAAAAUCCCCGUCGUCUCUGAUUGCUCGAGUACGAAGUACAUCAUACGAGCACGGUCAGUCUUUGUUGCCGUUGAAGACUCUCGCGGGAGAACUUGCGUGGACGAUACGAGUAUCAUGGUCCCCUUCAUCGUAGCACUUGAAUGGAGCGGCCAGAAUGAGAAAUCACCAUCGGCUCGGGAUAGAAGCUUCAAUCAAGUCAAAAAGAGUAUUUGUAUCAAGAUGAUGUUGUAAAUCAAUAUCUACUUGUACAAUAAUAGUCUCAUCUGACUUAUCUUGGAGCGAACCAAUAUAAACGUAAGUAGUAUGGUAGCUUUUUAUAGUUGCGAACGUGACCAGACCCGAAAGAAAGAACC